AUGCCUUCUAUUAUCAAUACAACUACUCACACUACAAUUUCCGAUAUAUUCCCUGAAGCAAUUACCCACAACUUGGAAAAAUCUCAACGAAUUUAUCUUAUAAAUAAUCGUUGUGUCAGUUCUUCGAAUGUACCAUGUCAGAUACGUCAAAAAUUAUAUUCCCUUUCAACGAAUUUAUAUUCUUAUGUUCUUGAUGAGAAUAUCCUGAAUGUAUUGGAAGGAGAAAUCGAAAGGAUGUUCGCAGGUGUUGAUGAUCUUGAAAAAAUAAUUUACAAACUUGAUAUACAUACUGCCAGCAUAAAUAACGUCGGCCCAGGUGCAACUACGAAUGAAGAUGAAUUAGAAGAUAUUUAUCAAUCUAUCGUUGGCAUUAUUAGAAAAAUGGAAGAAAACAUGGAUAGAUUUGAAAAAAUAAUGCUUAAGGCGUGA